AUGCUGAGGCCCGCCGUGGUCAUUGACAGCGGCAGCCACUUCACCCGGGGGGGCUUCGCGGGCCAGGAGCAGCCCCAGUGCGUGCUGAGGACGGUGCUGGUGCACUCCUGGCACCACGCCCCUGCCCCGGACAGCCGGGGGGGAGCCCCCCGCUCCUACCCGCUCAAGGGCGGCGUCGUGGAGGACUGGGACGGCAUGAAAGUCCUGUGGAGCCACCUCCUCUGCUGCUGCCUCAAGGUGGUCCCCGAGGAGCACCCGGUGCUCCUGGCCGAGCCCCCGUCCUGCCCCGCCGCCGGCAGGGAGAAGGCGGCCGAGGUGCUCUUCGAGAGCUUCAGGGUGCCCGCGCUGCACGUGGCCAACAGCGGGUUCCUGUCGCUGUGCGCCCACGGCAGGGUCAGCGGGCUGGCCGUGGAGGCGGGGGCGGCCAUGUCCCACGUCACCCCCGUCUCGGAGGGCCAGACCCUGCGGAAAGGCGCCCGCUGCCUGGGGGUGGCCGGGGACCACCUGUCCAGGCACCUGCACCGCCUGCUGCGGGACGGCCCCGCCGAGCCCUGGCUGCUGCAGGCCCUGACCAAGAAGGUGCUGACCCAGCUGAAGGAGCAGUACUGCUAUGUGUCCCUGGACUACGAGGGAGACCUCCAGGAGAAGGGCUCCCAGCAGCCAGCCAGGUUCCAGACCCCCGACGGGCGCUGGAUAACGCUGGGCAAGGAGCGCUUCUGCUGCCCCGAGCCGCUGUUCCGGCCCGAGCUGCUGCACCACAGCUGCCCCGGGCUGCACCAGCUGGCGGGGCAGAGCCUGCAGGCGCUGCCCGAGCCCCUCAGGAGGCACCUGCUGGGCAACAUCGUGCUCUCAGGGGGCUCCUCCAUGUUCCCCGGCUUUCCCGAGAGGAUGUGCUUGGAGCUGAACUCCCUUUUCCGAGGCACGGGCGUGCACGUGGAGGUGCUGGCCAACCCCAGGAGGGGCACGGCGGCCUGGGCCGGGGGCUCCAUGGCAGCCUCGCUCACCUCCUUCCGCCACACGUGGAUGACACAGGGCGAGUACCAGGAGCACGGCGCCCAGUACGUGCACACGAAAUUCCAGUAG